GAGAAGCACGAUGAAGAUACGAGUACGACGGGGUCGAUUCAUUAUUCUUUAAGUAGCCAGUUAUACUUGUAAUGAGUGUCGCGCACCGCUAUUAGAGUAAUGGUACGUAUCACCGAAGGGUAAGUCGCGGUAAAAUGUAGAAAAAAGUAGAAAGUCAGCUUAUAGAAGCAAGGGGGUUAUUGACUAACGAAUAUUUUACAAUUGCCGGUGACGUUUCGAAAUUACAGCAAAAGUUGCACGAGGGUAGUUGCGCUUUCCUUCUUUCCUUCCAUCCCUAAUCAAUAAUUACUCGCUAUAACUCUUGCUGUAUCGCCUUGUGUCGCCUUGUAUCUCGACUGUCAGUGUCGAUCCUCGUAAGGUCCUUAAUUAAACGAAGGAUAAAGAAAAGUUUCACAUGUCGGCGAUGCGUGUACUGCGGUGGACAUUUUUGUUGUUCACGUUGUGCGGCUGUUUCCCACCCCCGUCGUGGAAGACACCCCUGAAAAGAUUCGUCUAUAAUAUUUACGCGGCGUUCUCGUUCCUGGUCUUGAACAGUUUCUUUCUCUCUCAAAUAUUGGACAUGGUAUACAACGUGGAAAAUACAGACGACUUCAGCGACAACUUCUCCGUGACGGUGGUGGUGUUCGUCACGUCCCUCAAGCUUUUCACCAUACUGAUAUUCCGCGAGAACUUUCUGCUUUUAUGCGACACGCUGCAGAGAGAGCCAUUAUUGCCGAUGAAUCCUGAGGAAUUCGACAUUUCCUUCAAAUUCGAGAAAAUUACCGAUUUGAACACACUUGGUUACAUGACCCUACUCACGGUCUCCGACUUUUGCAUACUCGUGCUGUCGCUUCUGACGAAUUUCAAGCGCAGAAAACUGGCGUUUCGAACGUGGAUACCGUUCGACUACUCGUCUGUAUCUGCAUACUUGCUCACAUUCGCUUAUCAGUGCCUAUUCGCGAUAAUAUGCACGUUCGGCUGCGUCGCCAGCGAUACUCUGUACAGCGGCCUACUGAUACACAUUAAUUGCCAGUUCGAGAUACUGGAGCAUCGUCUGAGGAACAUCGAGUCGAACGAGAAUUACUCCGUGAACCUGUGUGUUCGUCAUCAUAAUGACAUAUACAGAUUCGGCGAAAUGGUGAACGAAGAAUUCCGGACGAUCAUGUUCUUUCAAUUCUGCACGAGCCUGUCGAUGAUCUGUUUCAAUUUCUAUCGAAUAACGCAGAUCGAGAUGGAUUCGAGAUUCGUCGGGACGAUCCUCUACAUGACCUGCUCGUUGAUGCAGAUAUUUUAUUACUGUUGGUUCAGCAACGAGGUCAAGCUUAAGAGUAUGGAACUUUCUGACAUGAUAUUCAGAAGCGACUGGAUAUCAUUGAAUACCAACGUGAAGAAGGCUUUCCUGAUGUUGAUGAAGCGUGCCAUGAAACCCAUUGAAUUUACCAGUAUUUAUAUUGUCUCCGUGAAUCUCGAGUCCUUCAUGACAUUGGUGAAGACCUCUUACUCUGUAUUCAGUCUGUUGCAACAGAGCCGGGAGUCGCCAAGUGGAGUGAAAAUCGCGAUGCACGUUUUACGAUGGACGUUGAAACUUUCCGUCGCUAACGGGUGCUUUCUACCCCCGACGUUGAAAUCUCCGAUGAAACGGUUUCUCUACAACUUGUACACGGUGUUCAUGACGUUUCACAUGUGGAGCAUUACUGCCAUGGAGAUAUUGGAUAUUUUCUACAACGUGGAAACCCAAGAAGAUCUCACUGGCAAUAUUGGCAAUAGUGCCAGCGUGUUUAUCACCAGUUGUAAAUACAUAAACUUGGUCCUGAAGCGGAGAACCAUCAUAAAUAUACUGGAUUUGCUCAAGAACAAGCCAUUUUUACCAGAGAACGCGAGAGAAAUGGAAAUUCACGCGAGAUACAACAAUCUAACUGAACAGAGUUUAGACAGAGAGACAGAUAGGAGGAUGCACAGACUUCCUCUGUCGUUCGCGCUGCUCACCAUCUCCGGCUACUGGAGACCAACAAAAUGGCCGGCCACUUCGCUUAAAUCUCGAUUGUACAACGUUUACUCGGUGUUGAUGAUCUUGCUACUGUACUUCUUCGCUUUUUGUAUCUGCGUAGACUCGUUCACUAGCAAGAGUCUGAAGAUCAUGUCCGACAAAUUCUCUCUGUGCGUCUCGGUGGUAGGCGUCUGUCUCAAAGUGGCCAAUCUCUUUCUUCGACGGGAGAAGAUCAUAAACGUGAUGAAUAUUCUGUUGAACGAGAAUUGUGUGGCGAGAGACGAUCAGGAGAAGCUGAUCCAACGAAAGAGCGACAACCAUGCCAGAAAACUAGCGAUAUACUGCGAGAUUCUGAACGAGUCCUCAGUGUUCUUCGCAACAGUGGGUCAGUAUAACAAGCUCAUAAGCAUAAGGGGGUUGCCGCUGUCGGACUGGAUGCCGUUCGAUUUAUCCUCUAUUGAACUGUACACGAUCUCCCUGGUGUAUCAAACGAUUGGCCUCUUUAUCUGUGCAAAUGCCAGCGUAGCCAACGAGACGUUGAUCGCAGGACUGAUGAUACAGAUCGGCGCGCAGUUCGAAAUAUUCUGUCAUCGAGUGAAAAAUCUCUCCUCUUUGGUGACGGCGACGAGAAGCAACAGCGUGUCUGACGAAGAGUUCAAGAUAAGAUGCAGGAGAAUUCUCGAGGACGUGGUCGAACAUCACCUCGAAAUUUACGAAUUCGCUGAAACGGUGAACAGCGUGUUCCAAUACAUGAUCUUCCUGCAGUUCUCCAUAAGUUCGGUGGUGUUGUGCCUGAGUAUUUACAAGCUCUCUACGAUAGACCCGUUCAGUAUGAACUUCGUUUGGAGCGGCUCCUAUUUGUGCUGUAUGCUCACGCAGGUGUAUUUAUACUGUUGGUUUGGGAACGAGAUGAUGUUGAAGAGCAAGAAAGUAAGCGAUGCUAUUUAUGAAAUGGACUGGAUGGCACUACCUGCUGACUUAAUGAAGGAUUUACUGCUGGUGUUAGUGAGAACUAAAAGACCUGUUAAAAUGACCAGUGGCCACGUUGUUGUUUUAUCCGUCGACUCUUUCACGACAAUCAUGAAACUAACGUACUCCUCGUACAAUCUCCUGUCGAAUUCUACGAGCAAAUAAGAAUCUUCACUGUCGCUCCGACUCAAUUUUUACUGUUCGAUGUCUUUUUAUAACUGUUGUGAGGAUAUUUGUGCAUCCUUUUAUAACUGUUGUGCGCUGUCGUACGCAUCACCACUUUAAUGUACUCGUAACUGAUCAUGACUGAGAA